AAUCACGGUCCUCCCUCCGAAUGUGCAUCUUGAGAGUAGUAAAUCCAGGCACUAAAAACCGCCUGGGAUUUCAUUUCAGGUUUGGUAGGCCCAUGCGUGCCGCACGUGGGAAUAUGCCGCUACUGACGGAUCAGGAGCACUGACGGGCGGUUAGCAAUUCAAUUAGCAUAUGGGUGGAAUCCGUUGGCAGAGAGCGAUGACCAAGGAACAGCCGAGCGAGUAGUACCAGCCAGCGGAUCCCAGACCUUCCCGGCGAUCCAAUCGGCGGCCUACUCAGGCUCAGAGAGAGGAGAUCCACUUGGAAUAAGAUAAGUGAAAAGCGCGCGCACGCAUGACAGUCAGUAUAUAUAUAUCUCGCCGUUUCUAGCCAUCUAGGCAGGCAGGCAGGCUCCACGGCAGCGACUCUCCACGCCGCCGAAGAGCUCGGCAGCUCGUCUCCCUCCCGCUCCUCGCGCACCCAAGAGGCCAUCCGUCUGUCCUCCCCCGACCCCAUCCUCCUCCUCCUCCUCCUCCUCCUCUCGCACCUUAUCUUACUCGUUUAAAUACCUUGUCCUUCUCGGGCCUCCAGGAGAGAGAGAGAGAGAGGGGAAGGAACCAACCAGGAAGAAGGGUAGAGAGAGAGGGUGGGUGGGUGGAGAGAGAAACAGAGAGGAGAGAGAGAGAGAGAGGGACAAAAACAUGGCAUUGCUGCCCGGCAUUGGCUGCACCAGCAGCAGCAGCGUCCUGGCACGAGCAGGUUCGCGGUGUCUGGCAGCGGCGUCCCACGCGCCCUCCUCCUCACCUCUCUUCCUCCUGCACGUCAAUGGCGGCGGCGGCGGCGGGCAGGCGCAUCUCCUCUCGCGCAAGGCCACCGGCAACGCCGCAGGCUUAUUAAGCGGGAGGAGGAGGAGGCGGGACCUAUCCGUCGUCGCGGCGGCGGCGACGGCGGCCAAUGUCACGCCGGCGUCGCCCCGCGGCGUCAGCGCCAGCGACGUCCUCUGGCCUUCCGCCGGCGCGUUCCUGGCAAUGGCAGUGCUGGGAAGGAUGGACCAAAUGAUGGCCUUCAAGGGAGUAUCAUUGACAGUUGCACCACUUGGGGCCGUCUGCGCCGUGCUCUUCACCGCCCCAGACUCACCACCUGCCAAGAAAUAUAACAUGUUCGUCGCUCAGAUUGGUUGUGCGGCCAUCGGCGUGCUAGCCCUUUCGUUCUUCGGGCCCGGAUGGCUAGCAAGGGGUGCAGCUCUCUCUGCAUCCAUAGCAUUCAUGACCAUCACAGGCUCUUCGCACCCUCCAGCUGCGAGCUUGCCUCUCCUGUUUAUUGAUGGUCCGAAGUUUCACCAUUUACAACUUUGGUAUGCACUUUUCCCUGGGGCUGCCGGCUGCGCCAUCCUUUGCUUGAUUCAAGAAGUGGUGGUUUACCUCAAGAAGAACUGCAAGUUUUGAUUCAAGUGGUGGCUUUUCCUGAUUCUUGAUGGUUUGAUCAUUAUCAAACCUGUGGCAUACAUAAUUUGACGAAGAGGCCUCUGGAUGAAGUUGAUAAAUGUAGAUUUAGUCUUCUUGGUUCAUUUACCAAGGAAAAGUAGUAGGAAAGAAGCUGAUUUUGCUUCAUAAUUUUCAUUGAUCAUGGUUCACGCCAUGAAAAUGUGAAGUACAUAUAUACCAAUCUGAAUGGAGUGUGAUAUUUCGACA